GCGACCGGCAACAUGUUGAGGUUGAUCGCUCAGUCUCUCGCAGUUUUCCUCCUCAUCUUCCUCCUGGUCGCUAACUUCCUGGUAGCUAAAAGCACUGAGGUUGUGGCGGUGGUUUACAGGAAAAUCUGCCGACAAUGAGGGCGAGCCUGCGGGAGCCGGCACUUCCCGACAGGGAAAUGGACAAGAUUUCCAUUAAACAAAGAGCAAAUGAUGGAAUGUUGAGACAGAUAUCACAGACUGCUUGACUACAGGAUGCUGCAUUACUGUAUCGCCCACCUUGCCUAUCAUUUUAGCAGACAGCUGCCCAAACGCAGCAGAGCAAAAUUUGAGAUCCUGGUGAUAAUGCUUGUGACCAUCAUUCUUUUCCCGCAGAUAUUUGUGCUGCUGAGACCAAAGUCAUCUCGAUAUUGUGGCCAGCCCCUCCUCAUCAAUUUGACCAGUUUUAUCAUCUUCACUUUUAUUAUGACAGGGUUUACAGUCGUUCUGACCUUGAUGGAUCCGGUCUCUCACGAGGUGAAGGUGACUUUCCACAUGUAUGGAGUUGGAUCAUUUGCACAGGGAAUCAUUACGACUGCCUUCACCGUUACUGUUCCACAAUGUGCAAACACAACUCCCGAGCUGUAUUACCUGAGCUUAGUGCUGUCUGUACUGAGUGUGCUUGCAACAGUUUUCAUCGUUUUCUUGAUCCCGUUCUGGCUCGCCGAAGUUCUGUACCCAGGAAUGGUUUUGAAUGGGCGAUCCCAAUCCGGAGUCUGUCACAAACCAGUUGCUAGCUACCCGUAUCUGUGGCACGUAUAAUGAAAGCACUCGAAAAAAGAAUGCCAGCAUGAAUAAUGCAUUUGGUUGCCAUGCGACAGUCAUUUCUGGAACAUUCCACCAAGUGAGAGUUUGAGCCAUUGCGGUGGAAGCAACCCAAGACAAGUGAUGUCAAAAGACUCUGGCUGAGUGGAUUAGUUAACAGUAUUUGCUUUGUAGCUUUAAUGUAAUUGACUGCAAUACAACUGCUAGAGUUGGAAAAUCACUUUCUAUGUCAGCUUUGUAAUAAAGUUUCAGAUCAAUUUGAA